AUGUUAAAAAAUAAAAAAUUAAAAUCAGAAUCUGAAAAUGAGCAUCCUCAUGAAUUUAGCGAGAAAAACAAAGGAGAAAAAAUUAAUGAUGAUAUAAAGGAAUCAGAUGAAUCUACUGUAAAUCAGGGAAGGUUUUCACUCAUUGUCGCUUCACAUUAUAAUGCUUUAGAAAAUGUCGAUACGGAAGGAAGAAAUAAUUGUAAAAUAUUUCAUUUGAGAAAUUUUAAUAAUUGGGUUAAAACUAUUAUCAUGAAUCAUGCUGUCACUGAUUUGUUAAAAUUAAACGAAUACAAUAGAAAUUUAACAGUUUUAGACAUGUGUUGCGGAAGAGGAGGAGACAUAAUUAAAUGGUUAAAAUUGAAUGUUCGUCAUUUAGUUUGCACUGACAUUGCAGAGACUAGCGUGCAAUAUUGCAAAGAACGAUUUAUGGACAUAUCUGCAAAAUUUAACAAAACUAAUAGUGUGAAAUUUGAAAUUUUCCCAGCAGAUUGUACAAGGGUUCGACUCAGAGAAAAAUAUGAAGAUCCAUCGAUAAAAUUUGAUGUGGUUAGCUGUCAAUUUUCAUUUCAUUAUUGUUUCGAGUCUCUUCCCCAAGCUGAAUGCAUGUUAAUGAACGCAUCGGAAUGUUUAAAACCGAACGGGCUUUUCAUAGGAACUCUCCCGAACGCGAACGAAAUUGUCAAAAGACUUAGAAAUGCAAAAUCAAAUUGUUUAAAAAAUAGAGCUUUCAGCCUCGAAAUGUGUUCUCCAGAACCUUAUUCUCUAUUCGGUGCAACCUAUAAUUUUUACUUGGCGGAUGUGGUGAACUGUCCGGAAUUUCUCGUUCAUUUCCCCGCCUUCGUCAAACUCGCAUCGAAAUUCGGUUUGAAAUUAAUUAGUAAAAAGCGUUUCGAUGAAGUAUACGAAGAAAAUAAAAACACCGGAUUGGGACGUGCUUUGCUAAGGAGAAUGAAAGCUUUGGAAACAUUCCGACCGGAAGAAGGGAAAGACGAGAGCAUCGAUAUGUUAAGCGAGUAUUCGCACGCGUCCAUUCGAGGAGUAAAUGCCGGACAGGAUAACAAAAUAGGAACGCUAUCAAAAUCAGAAUGGGAAGUAAUAACACUUUAUCAAACGUUUAUAUUUCAAAAAAUAUCAGAACCCUCUUAA